UGCACAGCUUGCUGACUAUGCCUUUCAUGCGCUGCUUCAAGUUUAUGGCUUCAUACUGCCUAGGCAUAAAAGAGACCAAACACAGACUCCAGUCAGCUGGCACUAAGGAGGGAGGUGUGGCGAAUGAAUGAUUUUUUUAUAGUUGGGAAGAAGGACCCUGGCAUACACUACUAAAAAGAACUGAACGGAGGGUUAUCAACAAGCAAUUUGCUUUUACACUUGCUGGAAGUCUCGCAAGCUGUACUUUCUGGAUGUGCUAAAUUCGUCACUGGGGUGCCUGGUAUUUCGUACUUUGCUUCUAAAAAGAAAAAAAAAAGAGAAUAGAAUCUAAUUAGAUGGGCUGCAAACGGAGAAUGCUCUAAGCAUCAUUGGUGUAAAUAAGAACAGAGGAGUAAGAGCAAAUCUGGUAUUGUUAAAAAAUGUUGAUGAAUUUUAAAAAUCCUGUUCAAGACAGAGACAGUCUCUCGCCUGCACUGAGCUGCAUGGGCUGACGCACAAGUGACAUGUGCUCUAUGGACAGUGAUUAGCAGAAGGGGAGAUUAUGUACCUUAUAUUAACCGUUCUAUGGCCAUUUUUGGUUUUUGUUGGAUUACUUCACUCCAAAGGACUAAAGCAAUGGGAUUGUCAAGAAGGCAACGGACAGUCUACUUGUAAUGCUCUUGUACCAUUCUUGAUCUUUAACAAUGGAAAUGACAUUUUUAGCAUUGACAUUGAUGGGACUCAUCUCAGAAAAGUAGUGGCCAAAACAGGAUCUUCAGUACUGCUGGAUUUUGAUAGCAAGGAACAAAGGCUUUAUUGGCUUGAUCGUAAAAGAGGUUUUAUUGAAAGAAUAUAUCUGAAUGGCACUAAGCGUGAGAGAUUGCGCGCUGUAGGGAAAGGGUCUGCGGGAUUUGCAGUGGACUGGAUUCAUAAUCUCAUUUUUUGGUCAAACCUUCAGCGAGGAACUAUUAAAUGGAUGAACAUGAUCAGAAAGAAAUCAAGAAUCCUUCUGCGAGGUUUAUUUAAUCCCACCUUCAUUGUUGUUGAUCCAGUGGAAGGAUGUUUGUUCUGGUGUUCUGAGGACCCCCAGGGUGUGACUACCAUACAGAAAGCAAAUCUGAGUGGAAAUAAUGUGACAUCUGUUAUUGAAAUGGCGGGUGAAAUAAAGAGCCUGACACUGGAUCUAACGGACAAGAAGAUCUACUGGAUCACAUUUAAAAGGGAAACUGGGGAUUUAAACAUUUGGUCUUGCACUUACAAUGGAGAAUCAACAACUACAGUAAAGUAUUUAGGACAUUCUUCAAGACAAAGCAUUUUUGGGCUUUCACUUUUCUCUGAUCAUGUCUACUAUUCAGAGUGGAAAUCUGGUUCCAUCCGAAGAAUUGAGAAACAUACGGGAAAGGACACUGUUACCAUCAUUUUACAACCAUUUCCAUCCGUUUUAGAAAUUGGGCAUAUAAAAGUGGUGCCAGCACUACAAUAUUCAUCUACUUCUGAUACCUCUGAUAGUUUUGUGUCCAGGUCUUGCAGUUUGGCAAAUAAUGCUUGCUCAGCAGUUUGUGUGAAGGUUGCUGGCCGACAGCAGUGCAAGUGUGCGGAAGGCUUUGCACUCUCCGCAGAUGGGAAACACUGUGAAGAUACUAAUGAAUGUGCCAUGUGGAACCAUGGGUGCACGCUCGGCUGUGAAAAUAUCCCAGGGUCUUAUUAUUGUACCUGUCCUAGAGGUUAUAUCCUACUUUCUGACAGCAAAACGUGCCACUAUUACAAUCCUUGCAUGAAUCCUAGUGACUGUAGCCAUGGAUGCAUAGAAACAUCUGGAGGGCCCACGUGCUACUGCCCAGAAGGUUCGGUGCUCGCAGAUGAUGGAAAAACGUGUACAGGCUGUUCUUCGCCAGAUAAUGGUGGCUGCAGUCAGAUAUGUGUCACAUUGAGACCUGGCCUAUGGGAAUGCGACUGCUAUCCUGGGUACAAGCUGCAGCCGGAUAAGAAGCGCUGUCUGGCGUUAGGUCCACGGCCAUACUUGAUCUACUCAAAUCUACGUGACAUUCGGCGUAUGAACUUUGAUGGAACGCAACACAGAAGUCUUUUUGAUUCACAGAUGGGGAGAGUCUUUGCCCUUGACUAUGACCCCGUUGACAAUAGGAUUUACUUUGCACACACAGCUCUGAAGUGGAUAGAGAGUGCAAAUAUUGAUGGCAGUUACCGUGAAAAGAUUAUUUCUGAAACUUUGGAAAUGCCAGAGGGUCUUUGCAUUGAUGCUAUCAACAGAAAAAUGUACUGGACCGACAGGGGAAAAUCAUCAAUUGAAAGGAGUGAUCUGAAUGGGAAAAACAGAGAGAACAUUAUUCAGGAAAACAGAUCAUAUCAGCCAAGAGGAAUUGCUGUCCAUCCCAUGGCUAAGAAAUUGUUUUGGACUGAUAUAGGAACCUCACCCCGAAUAGAAAGCUCAAAUCUGGAAGGAUCUGAAAGGGUGGUCUUAUUUAGCACCGACCUGGUGUGGCCCAGUGGGAUUACGGUUGAGUUCCUCUCCAGUCGGCUGUAUUGGUGUGACACCAAGAGAUCUGUCAUUGAAUCGUCCCAUCUGGAUGGCUCAGGACGACGCACGAUUUCCCAGAAUGAAGUAGGGCACCCCUUUGCUAUUGCGGUUUUUGAGGAUCAUAUCUGGAUCACAGACUGGCUUCAGCCAUCCAUAACAAGAAUGGAUAAGAAAAACACCAAAAAUGUGGUACACCUACGUGGAAAUAUGCAAAGGCCGACAUCAGUUGUGGUUGUCCACCCCUUGACCAAGCCAGCUAUUUUAGAUGACAUCUCUCAAGCGAGAGAAAAGAAAGUGGUUCGCAAUGAAACGGCAAAAUCUGAUUCCUUUUUCCGCGGCCCGCUCUCUACCAGCAUGUAUGCAACGGGAGAAAAAGGAGAUAGGUGGAGCGGGGACACACUGGUGACAGAAAUUGUGGUGGCAGAUGAGGGUGGCUGCACGGAAAGUCAUUGUGAUAUCAACGCCCAUUGUGUCCCAUCAGAAGAUGGACCAAGAUGCCAAUGUGUGGAAGGUUUCACAGGAAAUGGCCAGUCAUGUCAGGAUAUUGAUGAGUGCAUCCUCCACGUUGCUUCCUGUGACCUUAACCACACAGACUGUAUCAAUACUGAAGGUGGUUACAUCUGUAAGUGCAGAGCUGGUUUUCUUGGAAAUGGUGAUCAAUGCUUGGACAUUGAUGAACACAGACUGGGCAAUCAGAGUUGUGGAGGAAAUUAUCAGUGCAUAAAUACAGAGGGCAAUUCCACCUGCACAUGCGCUAAUGCACUUACUGGAACUGAACUCAGCCCUACUGAGUCUUCUGUCUCUGCCAGCACUUCCAUGGUCUCGACGAAUAACACAUCUAGAAAUAAAAACCACAGAGAAUGUCCAGCAUCCCAUGAUGGAUAUUGCUUGAACGGAGGAGAGUGCUUUCAUCUAGUAGAGAUAGAAGAUUAUGGUUGCAGAUGUGUUGUCGGGUAUAUAGGAGAGAGAUGCCAGGAAUGGUGGGAACCAUAUUCUCGACAGAUGAAGAUUCGCAGUGUGACCAUUUCUGUUUCAUUAAUUGUACUCCUUCUAGUUCUCGGUCUUGCGUCAUUUGCAAUAUAUUAUUACAGCCAUCAAAUGAAUCACAGGAAACGGCCCUACAAACCAGAAGAUGCAACAGAUGCCACAAGGAGCCCUAUUAGCAAUGAGUAGCUGAGAACUCGUGUGUCCUGUCAAACUCCCUAAGGUUGAACACGUGACCGGAUUGUAAUGAAUUUUAAGAGAGGAGCUUACUACUGUGGACAACGAGAAGACCAGCAGAUGCUACCAAUGUGAAAAAAAUGUGUAUCUUUUUAUCUUCAUGCUUUUAAAAUAUUGAUGCUAAAUCUAGCACUAUUGUGACACAAUAUAUUUUUGUUCUUUUAAAUAAAUAAAUAUUAAACUACAA